ACAAGCUAUGGUAGUUUUAGAGUGCACGUGAAAUUCUCAAGAGAAAGAAUAGAUCCCUUACCGAUGAAUUGGGGGAAGAUGAAGUGAUAAGGGAACCUCGUUGAUUUUUAUCUUUUUCGCUGCAAAUAUGGCCGAUUUCACCAUCGUAAGAUACUUUUGCUCUUUCUUCUUCACUCUUUUAAUCUCUUCCUCUUCCCUAACCUUAACCCUAAUUGCAAAACCAGUUUCCUCUGCCACUCUCCAAUCCAAGCUUUCAGAAAACCCUAAUUUUGAACCCCACAUUGCCCUAAUCGGCGACGCCGAGCUCGUCGAUGGUGGCUCCUUUGUCAAAUUAACCCGCCCGUCGGUUUCCAGCUCCGGAAUUCUUCUCCGUCAGGAACCCUUUAGGUUUGUCCACCCACCGAUCUCAUUCUCCACGGAAUUCACAUUCUCGAUCUCACCCGGGAAGAGCAAAGGCCUUGCGCUUGUUUUGGUUCCAGGCGAUUUCAAGUCCAAAUUCUCGGGUCAGGGAUCAUUUGGGCUUUCUGGGGAGAAACGGUUUUUGGGUGUGGAAUUCGACACUGCAAUGGAUGGUAAUGUGGGUGAUUUGAAUGGAAAUCAUGUUGGGGUUGAUGUGGGUAGCUUUGUAUCUGUGGCUGUUGUUAAUGUUUCUUCGAUGAAUUUGGUGCUCAACAAUGGAGAAAAGUUGAAAUCAUGGAUCGAUUACGACGCGAGUUCGAAGAGACUGGAGGUAAGGUUGGCUAAAUUGGGUGAAGCCAGGCCUUACAAUCCAAUGAUGGCUUAUGCUAUUGAUUUGCCGGCAAUGUGGGGAGGUGAAGAUGUGUUGGUGGGUAUAAGCUCGGCGAAUGGUGAUUCGACACAGAUUAGCAGCGUUUAUUCUUGGAAGUUUAGCUUAAGAAGUUUCCCUCAUUCGAUGCAUUCACUACCAGCUGAUCCUAGAAGCUAUUCCAGCGAGCUGAGUGAGAAUUCGACUGAGCAUCCGAAGCGUGUUUGCCCUUUGGCGAUUCUCGGAGGGUUGAUUUUUGCAACGGUUUGUGGUGCUUUAAUGGCAUUUGCAGUGCUCUUUGUAUGGGCUGUUGUAGCCAGUAGACACACGGUGUUUCCUACUACUGAAGUUCCUGUUCACCAUAUGGGCUUCAAGUAUGAAAAGGUCGGUGUUGUUGUAGAGAAAAACACUGAUGGUGUCAAGAAUUAGAAGGUAACAAGGCAAGUAUGAAAAGCCCUUUUUUAUAUUUACGUGGCUAAUGUUGUUGUAAGAGUUUUAUGCAUGUUGGUGGUGUCAAUAUUAACAAUCAACUCUGAUGCCAUUAACUAGAUACUCUCUAUUGCGCUUUUUAUAUCUGUUUUGUGGUUAGCUACCAAGUAUGGAAGUUAUGUUUCUUCCUCUAUUAGUAUUGGAUGUGCUAGAUUAGAUUUCUUCAAUUACUUUAAAAUGUAAGCAAGCUAGCAGACAAUGAAAGAAGGAAGAAGGCCUGCUCAGAUAUAAAUAUUAUAUAGUUAAUACUCGAGAAGAGACUAAAGUGCCGAAUUUUACAUAUUUACUGAAGAUUGGCUGACUUUUGACUUGA